GCCACGCCCACCACGAGCGAUGGGAUUCGCCGGGAACCUCGGGUUGGUUUGGUUCGUCCUGGGCGCCCUCGGCCCCUCCCCCCCCGCCAAUGGACAGGAUCUGUGCCCCCGGGCCCUGAACGGGACCCACUGCGGGUGCCCCAAGGGCUUCGAGGGAGAGCCCUGGGAGCGGAGCCAGCCCUGGGAGCGGCGCUGCGAGGACAUCAACGAGUGUGUGGGGGAGGGGCCCCCGCCCUGCCCCCCCUCGCAGAGCUGCCACAACACCGAGGGGGGGUUCAGGUGCGAGUGCAACCGCGGCUACCGCGCCCGGACCCCAAAAAACGGCACCGGGACCCCCGGAAACGGCACUGGGACCCCCGGAAACGGCACCGGGACCCCCGGAAAUGGGGCAGGGACCCCAAAAAACGGCACUGGAACCCCUGAAAAUGGCACCGGGACCCCCGGCAAUGGCACCGGGACCCCCGAAAAUGGGACCAGGACACCGGAAGAUGGGAUUGGGACCCCCGAAAACGGGAUUGGGACCCCCGAAAACGGCCCCAUUUAUUGUGAAGAUGUGGACGAGUGCGCCGAGGGGGGGGAGGGGCUGUGCGGGGGGGGCUCCGUUUGCCUCAACACCCCCGGGAACUUCGAGUGCCACUGCCCCCCCCCCGCCCGGGGACCCCCGGGGCCGGACGGGUGCCCAGCGGUGCCGGUGCCCCCCGAAAUCUGCCCCGAGGAGGAGGAGGGCUGUGAUUUGGGGGAGACCCUGACCCAAAUUGCCGAGGAGCUGAGGGGGGGGCGAGACCCCCGGAGCGUGCUGCAGGCUCUGCUCUCGGCGCUCGGGGGGGCCCUGGGGGGGUCCCCGGCCGCCGCCCCUCCCCCCCGGCGGCACCGCUGGCUCUCGGCGCUGCUGCGGGCGGGGGAGGGGCUGGCCCGGGGCGCGGGGGCGCGGCUGCCAAAGGGGACGGUCACCAAUGUCACCGUGGGAACGGCAGCUCUGUCCCUGGCCGUGUCCCGCGGUGCCACCCCCGGCCCUGUCACCCUGGGGGUCCCUGAGGUGACGCUCGAGGUCCCCCCCGAGGUGGCGCUGGACCCGGAGAGCGGUCUGUCAUUGGUGGGGCUGCUGACCCUGCCCGGGCUCCCCCAGGCGCUCUCGGGGGCUCCCCCCGUGCUCUGGGGGGGCUGGGGGGGGUCCCUGCCCCGCCCCCCCCGCCGGGGCCGCCCCUUCCCCUCCUACCGGGUCCUGUCCCCGGUGGGCGCCGCCUUCGUGGCCCGCGAGAGCCCGGGGCGGGCCCGGGGCGGCCCCGCGGUCACGCUGCGGUUCCGGCACCCGGCCCCGGACCCCAAAUUGGGGGGCACCGUUCUCUGCGCCUUCUGGAACCCCCGGGAGGGGCGCUGGGACACGGGGGGGUGCCGGCUGGUGCCCCCCAAAAACGGGACCCCCCCCCAGGGGCACGGCACCGUCUGCGCCUGCGACCACCUGACGAGCUUCGCUGUGCUGCUGGCCUUCAAUGAGAUCCAGGAUCACUGGCUGCUGGACCUGGUCACACACGUGGCGCUGUCCCUGUCCGUGGUGGCCCUGGUGGCCGCGGCCGCCACCUUCGCCCUGUGCCGCGCCGUGGCCGAGCCGCGCCGGACGCUGCAGCUGCACCUGAGCCUGAGCCUGCUCGGGGGGCACCUGGCGUUCCUGCUGGGCAUCGACGGGGCACAGAGCCCGGUGCUGUGCACGGUGACAGCGCUGUUCCUGCACCUGUGCUACCUGUCGGCGUUCUGCUGGAUGGCCCUGCAGGGCGCUCACCUGUGUCACAGUGUGCCGUGCACGGUGACAGCGCUGUUCCUGCACCUGUGCUACCUGUCGGCGUUCUGCUGGAUGGCCCUGCAGGGCGCUCACCUGUGUCACUGUGUGUCCCUGUGUGUCCCUGUGCCGUGCACGGUGACAGCGCUGUUCCUGCACCUGUGCUACCUGUCGGCGUUCUGCUGGAUGGCCCUGCAGGGCGCUCACCUGUACGUGCUGCUGGUCCAGGUGUUCGCCCCGGCCUGGCUGCGCCCGCGGCCGCUCCUGGCCCUGGGCUACGGCCCCGCCGUGAUCAUCGUGGCCUUAUCAGCUGCCAUUUACCCUGAGGGAUACGGGACCGAUCAAUAUUGCUGGCUGUCCCUCAAGCGCGGUUUCCGCUGGAGCUUCCAGGGCCCCGUCAUCGUCAUCACUGCCGCCAACGCCGUCAUCCUCGUUGUCACCCUGUGGAAGUUGGUGCAGAAAUUCCACGAGGUCACCCCGGACAUGGCGCCCCUGCGGCGGGCACGGGUGCUGUGGGUGACGUCACUGGGCCAGCUCUCCCUGCUGGGCUCUGGUUGGGCGCUGGGCUUGGGGGCGGGGCUUGGCUGGGCGGGGGGGGCGGGGCCGCCCCCCCCCCCCCGCCGCGCCCCCCCCCCCCCCCCCUCCUGUUCUGCGCCGUCAACGCCGCGCAGGGGCUGCUGAUCUUCCUGUGCCACUGCCUGGGGCACCCCAAGGUGCGGGCCUGGUACCGGUCCCUGCUGUGCCCCCGCUCGCGGCCGUACUCGGAGUUCACCAGUCACACCAGUAACACCAGUAACCCGACCGGCCACACCAGUAUGGGCCGGCUCAGGGGCUCCCAGUCACACCAGUAACACCAGUAACCACAGGUGAGCUAUCCCAGUCACACCAGUAACACCAGUAACCCGACCGGUCACACCAGUAUGGGCCGGGUCAGGGGCUCCCAGUCACACCAGUAACACCAGUAACACCAGGUACAGAAAAUUCCAGAAAAAUCAAAAAUUUCAGGAAAAAUUUGGAAUUUUGGGAAAAAUCUUCGGAAUUCCAGGAAAAAUCUCCAGAAUUUUGGGAAAAAUCUCCGGAAUUUUGGGAAAAAUCUUCGGAAUUUCAGGAAAAAUCUCCGGAAUUUUGGGAAAAAUCUUCCGAAUUCUGGGAAAAAUCUUCGGAAUUUCAGGAAAAAUCUUCAGAAUUCCAGGAAAAAUCUUCGGAAUUCCAGGAAAAAUCUUCGGAAUUUUGGGAAAAAUCUUUGGAAUUCCGGGAAAAAUCUCCAGAAUUCUGGGAAUGUUUGAAUUUUUUGCUGCCCUCCCCCCAUUUCCCUCAGGGAAAUCAAUAAAGGAAAACCAGGCCGAGUUUGGGGAGAAUUCCUGGAA